AUGCUAAUUGCCGGAAAGUCAAAAUUCGACCUCAUUCUGGCCAACAUCAACUCGCCGGACCUCCACAGUUUUCGGCUCCUCCAGCACGCCGUCGCCAUGGACAUACCAAUCAUUCUGAUGGGAUUCGAGCCCAACGCAAUCUUGGUCCUUCAGGCCUUAGAGAAUGGCGCGUACCUCUAUCUGACUCAACCAAUAACAAAGGAAUCGGCCGAUUGCCUUUGGCAAUGCGUGUUGAGGGAAAAGUUGCGUUUGGCGGAGUAUCGGGACCCGGGCCAGCUGGCACACGGAAACCUAAACGAGGAAUCGAAUAUGAUUGAUAGUCGGAAUGUUUUUGGGCUUAAAGAGGAAGAUUACGAGUCGUCGUUUGUUGGCAAUGUUAAGAGGAAAGUUUGCACCGAGUGGACUCAAGAGCUCCACGACAAGUUUGUGGAUGCGGUCCAGGUGCUUGGCGAAGGGAGGUGCUUCCCGAAGGAGAUUCUCGAUCUCAUGAACGUGUCCGGGCUUACUCGAAUGCAAGUGGCGAGCCACCUACAGAAAUGUCGUAACGCCAGCUGGCGUUCCCCUGAGGAGAGGAAGUCCAACUCGGGUCCACUUGGUGGCUCGGGCCACUUGGGCCCGAGCAAGCUGAGGCGCUUUGGGUCCAUGCCUAAGGUGGCUAGGAGGGCAGCCUCCGAGCCAGCUUCCAAUGAGUCGAUCCAAAAUGGGUCAAAAACCGGGCCCGAGGCCCAAAAUGUGGAGCCCGUUAUUGAUAAUCCUUCUUCCUACAAUCUGGGUUACGGGCCGAUUGCGCCGCCACUGCCCGUUGUUAACGGGCCUGCUGCACCUGUUUCUGAGGACUUGUUGUUCAGCUUCAAUGAGAUGGACGGCUUAGUCCACAGCUACACAGGCCUGCCGGCCCAUGUGGUGGCGGCAAUGGUGGGGGACAAUGUGGGUGGGCCGAGUCAUUUCGACCCGGUUUGGGCCCACACUCAAUUUGACCAGUGGGCCCAGCCUGACUGGACGCCAACAAAUUUCGGGAGCGAGCAGGAUUCGGAGGCGAGUGAAUUCUGCAAUUUGGUGUUUGAUAAUCUCAAAUUAAAGUCUUCUACAAAUCGACUGGAAUUAAAGUAUGCAGUGAAAGAAGGAUAUCCACCUAUGUCUAUAUAUGAUGACAACAGCCUCGCAUUCUAUACGGAGCUCAAGUCAAGAGAAGCUGACUAUGCAAAAUUCCCAAUAUGCGUAGUGGUCGAGCCAUUAAUCGACAAACGAGAUAAAAUAUCAUACGAGUGCAAUGUAGCUCCUCUAAGAUGUAUCAAAAUGGAAGAUUUUCUACCUGACGAAGAAAAUUCGAUGAAUUUCAUGGAAUAUGCGCAUAAAGUGGCCGAUAUAAUGGUUGAAGAGGCUAAAUAUGUUGAAGAUAAACUUUAUUCAGAAAUGUUCCAUGCUAGUGAGGAUGUAAAUUAUCCUAACAUUGUUGUGGGACAUUCAUUCUCCAAUAAAGCCGCAUUACAGGAAUUUAUAAGCCUGCAUGCAAUAGAAAACAAAUAUCAGUUCAAAGUGGAGAAGUCGUGUACUACGUCAAGUGUGUAUGUACAGAGUGCAAUUGGUUUAAUGGUGGGGGCGCCGAGCGUGGCCCCAGCUGCCGACGAAAUUUUGGAAAUUUGUGAAAUAGGGAAUUUGACAAGGACACUUGAUGGAGCAAGGAAGGAAGGGAAAGCUUGA